UGCGAUCGACUGCAUCUUCUGGUUGCAAAGGCCGCUGGGCGCCAUGCGAUUGUUUAUCUGUUCGCUGUGAAUCCCAGACUGCCUUUGAUGAUUUCCCACUCUCCUAGCUAUCCCUCCACACAAGCUCCACAUUCGGACCAUUUUGCCGUCACAUUUCCCUGCCCAACGACUCGGAGCUCGCAGGUUAUUCUACUCGAACAUAGUGAAGGCUGAAUCGGAGCUGCAGAAGAACGAUGUCCGCUCGCCAUCCCUCGCGCCCACGUCGCGUCGAUGAGGCCAUUUCCCAGUUGGUCGAAUCCCUCACCCCCCCGCUGUCGCUGUCGGCCAUUGGCGACGACGUCUCCGACGACACCGAGACCUUUGCCGCAAUCGAAGCCCAGCGGAAUCGCGAAAGCUACGAGCGCGCGUGGCGCAUUAUCGAUGCAUACACAAACGCGCCCAAGGACCCGGCUUCGCCCUCCGGUGCGGCGGGCUUGGGAGUAAACCGCAGAGGAAGUUUGGCCGGAGGGGAGAACAUAAACAAUGCGCCGGAUCUCAUCAAGCGGAAGCUGUUGCGGGAGAACGCCAGCCCCGAUAAGGCGGUGCGGUUCUCGAACAUGUACUCGCGUUUGUUGACGCAGCCGGUGCUGUCGCAGAAAUGGGCUAUCCUGUAUCUACUUUAUCGGUUAUCGGGCUCGGAUGACAAUGAAGAGUACGUGGAUGACGGAGAAAGGAGCCGGAGCCCCCCAAUGGAGCCGGAAAAUUUGCAGGGCAUGCUCUGGAAAGGUCAGCGGCCAAGGCGAGGCACCGGCCCUCGCAUGGCCGAUAACUGGGACGAAGAGGGCCCUGCCAUCAGCUCCUCUGCGUCGCAAUUACCGGCACGGAAGGCAUCACUGCGACGACCGGAACGAAUCGAACGACCUGAGAAUGAUGCGGACCUGGAGCCGGAGAGAAUCCCGGAGCAAAUAGUUCAUCAUGAGCAGCCUCAUAACACCCCUGGACGUUCCUUUAGUGCGGAGGAGCAGGCCACUCAGCGCCCACAAACCGCAGAGACGCAGAGAAAUUUGACCCGGCCCGCUGAGCAUGGCUUGUUACGUGACCUUCCGUUCAAUCUGCAAGGCUUAUCCUCGUCGAGUCUCGAGUUCACCUCAUCUUCUGUCAUCAAACUACCACCAUCGCUUCCCAUCCCUAUGAUCUCACUCCUCAAUACCAUCGCGGAGCCAUGUCUUCUGUAUCGGAAGCUGGCCGGUUUUGUCGAAGAUGACAGUGGUGGUCUUCUUAAUCAGAGCUUACGAGCAGCUCUCUCAAAUGAACUUCGCUCUUAUCUAGGCCUCAUUGCAACUCUGGAAGGAGAAAUCCGACGCGCAUUGGUUGCCUCGGAGGACUCGAGCAAUUCUAUUAGCGCGUCUAAAAGUGGUGUUACGUUGAAGCGAUGCGCUGUAUGGACAAGAGAUGCGACAAUGGCGCUGCGGUUGAUGAGUCUCAUUGUCGAGGAGGCACAGAACAAAAAAGGCGGCCAACUCAUAUCUUUGAUCCACGGCUUUUCGACUUCUCAUGGAGAUCCUUUCGUCUGCGCCUUCGCGGAGAAGCUUCUUGCUCAUAUCACAAGGCCGUUCUACGACAUGCUUCGCUUGUGGAUCUACGACGGAGAGCUUUCCGAUCCUUUUAAAGAAUUUUUCGUUGUCGAGCCCGAAUUUAGACCCGCCACGGACCCGCGACGCAUUGCGACAAGUGUGUGGGAGGAUAAAUACAAGUUGGACGAUGAGAUGGUCCCCUCGAUCAUCACACAGGACUUUGCGAAGAAAGUCUUUCUUAUUGGUAAAUCUCUAAACUUCAUACGAUAUGGGUGUGGGGAUUCUGGCUGGGUGGAGGCCUACUCCAAAGCAGCAUCGAAAGAAUUGCGAUAUGGGGACACGGCCAGUCUUGAGACGUCAAUCGACGAAGCUUAUAAGACUACUAUGGCGCAACUCAUUUAUCUCAUGAAUGACAAGUUCAAAUUGUUCGAUCACCUGAAGGCGCUGAAGAAGUAUUUGCUGCUCGGGCAGGGGGAUUUCAUUGCCUUGCUAAUGGAGUCCUUGGCCUCGAAUCUCGACCGGCCUGCCAAUUCGCAGUACAGACACACCUUGACCGCUCAACUGGAGCACGCUAUCCGUGCGUCGAACGCUCAAUACGACUCGCCGGAUGUUCUUCGCCGACUGGAUGCUCGCAUGUUAGAGCUCAGUCACGGCGAGAUUGGCUGGGAUUGUUUCACGCUCGAAUACAAGAUAGAUGCUCCGGUGGAUGUCGUCAUCACGCCGUGGGCCUCUACGCAGUAUCUCAAAAUGUUCAACUUUCUCUGGCGAGUGAAACGGGUUGAGUUUGCCUUGGGCAGUACGUGGCGACGGUGCAUGACUGGCGCUCGAGGCGUCCUGGGAAGCGUCGAUGACAAGGUUGGGCCGGACUGGAAACGGGCAAGAUGCGUCAUCGCCGAAAUGAUUCACUUCGUCUGCCAGCUGCAGUGGUACAUCCUUUUUGAGGUCAUCGAAUCCAGCUGGAACGAACUGCAGGCCUCGGUCUCCAGACCCGAAUGCACAUUGGAUGACCUUAUUGAGGCGCAUACCGAAUAUCUCAAUUCAAUCACGCGCAAGGGUCUCCUCGGCUCCACCUCGCAGGCGAACAAGCAUCAGGAGGAGACGUUCCUCACGCAGCUCCAUCAGAUCUUGAAGAUCAUGCUUGCUUAUAAAGACGCCGUCGAUGGGCUGUACUCGUUCUCGGUCGCCGAGUUUACACGACGGCAGGAACUUAGCGCCCGGAUUGAGACUCGGACAGCGCAAGGCCGCUGGGGUGUCACGGAGCGCGAUCUUCCCGGGGCAUCGCGACAAACGCAGGGACCCAAAAUCUCCAUGUCCUCGGUAUCGGCAUCCGUGGCUCAGACGCCCACGAUCGGAAACGGUGGCGAUGGGGCCGACACGCCCUCGUCUCUCCUGAACCACGACCUUUCCGUUGACGACCACAUGCUUGCCUCCCUGCGGGUUCGCCUGCGAGAACUCUCCGCCGAGUUCCGAUCGCGACUGAACAUUUUCCUCGGGGACAUUGCACACCAUUCGGAGUCGGACAUGCGGUUCCUCGGUGUGGUCAUGAACUUCAACGACGUUUACGAACCGGCUCGCAGGAGGCGCACCGCCACGGGGGUUAGCUCUCGAGAUCGAGAGCGGGCACGACGCAAGGCAGCCGCAUCUGGAGCCAACGGCGAAGGCAGCGCGCAACGGGAGUCGAGGAGGGAGCGAGAGAAGGAGAAAGAGAGAGAGAGACGGGAAGUUGAAGGCGGCGGCAACGCGAGUGGAAGUGGAACAUAGACACCGAUUCUGCAUGAUUAGGUUGUUUUACUCUUGCAAAAGUCCUUUGUGGGAAGGCUGAGGUUGUUUUUUUUUUUUUUUUUUUUUUUUUUU